GGCCACUCUAAUUACGCCUAAUCAGAGCACCUCUUCUCCGUUCAGUGAUACUGUGCGGGUCUCACUUGCACCAUCAGCAGGUUUCUGUGUCAAGUCAGUCACAACCAACGCGGGAUUCUACACUUAUGUCGACGCAGCUCCUUCCACAAGGUCCUCUGUGAGUCAGACUGUGACAGGACCUUCGGCAAGUGCAAACUUUCUUGAACCUACCCCAAAGAUGCGAACGCUCCAGAUCCAGAAGGAUGUGAAAGUGUUCCUUAAUAUUGCAUGGGACAAGCGUGUGCCUGCUCCACCGGAGGCAGGUGAGGACGUGAUUCGGCGUGCUAUGGCAGGUGAAGACCUGGACGUGGAGGGUCUAGGAGCCUAUUAUGUACCAGUUGUAGUGAGCGAACCUCGUGAAGAUGUGGAUAAGAGCGGGAAACCGUCGAUUGUGUUUGAUUGUGUGUUCAGCGCAUCUCUCAAGUUACGAUGUAUUAAAGAUAGAGAGUUUAAACUGUAUCUCAUUGAGCUAGCUCUAGAACACGUCGAGGAGAAAGCGCAUUUCACGUUAUCUAGACAGAUUGGCACGCCGAACAUUGUGUCUAAGGGCAAACUCGAGCCUCGUACUGUGCUUAUGCCGCGGACUCUCGUUGACCCGAAUGGGGUUGCCAAAGGUCCUGCUUCACGUGCGUCGCCACUCGUGCAAGAACUGCCAAACAUAGCGCCUGCGGUCCAUGACAAGGACGAGAAUAAAGACAAGAAGGGAGGGAAGAGGGAACAGCGGGCCAGUGACAUCACAGAUAAGACAAACACGGUUGACAACCCGAAUGCUGUGAGGAAGCCGAAAUCUAUAUUGAAGAAUAGCUCUGCCGCAAAUGCGAGUGAGGGUUCAUCUGCGGGCGGAAAAAAGCCACAUAUUGAAGAAGUCUCUACGAGCGGCGCGUCCGGGCCUGACAAUGUAUUGGAUGAGAAUAAGGCUUUGGCGUUACCACCUUUGCGUUGGAAAUGGAGAAAGGAAGGAGAACGGCUCAAGAUAGAAAUCGAAGUGCCGGACUUGAUGCGAGACCUCCAUGCUCAAGCCACGCUUGAUAUUGAGUCUCGCCGAAUACUGCUACAUAUCCCACAGAAACACUUUCUGGACAUCAACCUUGACCUAUCUGAUGCUCAAAUUGGAAAGCUCGGAGAAGUACCUGCUCCGGAUGAUGACACAGAGGAAUCAUCUUUUGCGGACGUCAUGAAAUCCGAGACACUGCGGGUGCGAGGACAUAACGCAGGAGAAGCAUUACGAUUAAAGCGACAACGCGACUUUGAUGUUGAGGAUGCUCGUGCUGAGUGGCGAAUAGGGGAACAGAAGCUCAUCGUUUCCGUAUAAUCGGACAUUUACUCCAGCAAACUAUUCAAAUCUUUGCAAGGUUUUUUUGUAGAAGAACGGGAAUUCCUCAUGAAAGAUCUUCGUGGAAACGAACCGGGUACAGACUAGGCCCUGUCGGUGAUGAUCAAACUGAAAGUCCGAUGCUAUACGAGCGCAAACGGUCCUAACAGCUCGGGAUGAAGCAUCCGAGCGCGAGAGUUCGGACAGGCUGUGGGGUACUUAUAGCAGUAUAUGUUUAAUUGGUUUGAUUGGUGUGUCCUUCCUUGCAGUCCGGGCCCGUCGGCACAGCACCGUGCUCAGAGGCUGUUCACACGGAGAUCAGGGCUAGUGUGCGUGUCAUGUUGAGUGGGCCUCGGACGAUGCGUUGGCAACUGAGUUGAAGUCGACACAAGACGAACGUGUAUGCACUUGUAUAGUACAAUCAACUCAAAUAGAGCAUAAU